AUGGAAACAAAUAUUAAAAAGUUAACAGCAAUUUAUGUCAAUUGUAUUUUCUUUACUUUAUGGAAAUCUUAUGAUAUUUUUUGGUUUUGGUUCCAUUUAUUUUUGUGUAUUUGCUUCCCAGCUUUGAGGCCUGAAAAUUAUUUAAUUGUAUUUAUUCGCUUAAUUUAUGCAAAAUAUGGAGAAUAUUCAGACAAAUCUUUUAAAGAAAUUUAUGAACAAUUUUAUAUAUAUAAUGAAGGGAAGACCAAUACAGAUGUCCACGUGAGACGAGUUGAGAGCUUAAGAAGGGAAAAAAGGAAAAACAAAAAGGAGGGAAAUAAGGCAGACGAUGGAAAUGUUUCUUCCGUUAAUGAAGUGGAAGAGAAUGAAAUUGGAGGACCAACUUCAGACCCAAAUUUGCUUGAAAAUGAAGAACAAGCUAUGCCAAAUAUUCGCUUAUUAGAUAGUCAAAAGGAAACAAAGGAGAGUAAACAAGAACACUUCGAAGUUUUAAUCACUUAUCGAGAGCCUCCAACAAAUGAACAAAAUGGGCUGAAAAAUUUUAUUCCUUCGUUUCUAACUAGAAAAAGUGAUUCACAAAAACAAGCAGCGAAAAUUGAAGAAGGAAAAUGCCUUCAAGAAACGGACAAAGAAAAAGCCGAAAAAUUAUUAGCUAAGCGAGAAUGGAAAGAGAAAAAACGGCGAGAAAAGGAAUUGUUUUCGGUGUUAAAAGAAAGGGCGAAUGUUGAGAAAUGGUUUAAUUUUAAUUUUUUAAUUUUUUCGAGAGUAACUCUACUCAAAGUAACCCUAUCAAAGUCGGCGAGACGCUUGCUUCCCGGGUGUCAACGGUUGCUUGGUUUUACGCAGAGUAGUAUGGGCUUAUUGUUAGCUUUCGAAUUGAUGGGGUGUCUAGUAAAAUUGACGAAUAACUGA